AUGGAUUUAGAGGUGAUGGAUGAAAAUGGCUCGAACUGUUUGUCCCGGAAUGAGAGCGACCGCGGACUCAGCGCUUCCUCCGCCGGAGUGUCCACUGCGCUAGCCAGCGUGCUGAUCUUCACCAUCGUGGUCGACAUCCUGGGCAAUGUCCUCGUCAUCCUGUCCGUGUACAGGAACAAAAAGCUCAGGAAUGCAGGCAACAUCUUCGUUGUGAGUUUGUCCGUAGCAGACCUGGUGGUGGCGCUGUACCCCUACCCUCUGGUCCUGACAGCCAUUUUCCACGAUGACUGGACCAUGGGGGACAUGCACUGCCAGGCCAGCGGCUUCGUAAUGGGCCUAAGCGUCAUCGGAUCCAUCUUCAACAUCACGGCCAUCGCCAUCAACCGGUACUGCUACAUCUGCCACAGCCUCCACUACGACCGCCUGUACAGCCUGAGGAACACCUGCUGCUACCUGGGCCUCACCUGGCUGCUCACCGCACUCGCCACGGUGCCAAACUUCUUUGUUGGCUCGCUGCAGUACGACCCCCGUAUCUACUCCUGCACCUUCGCCCAGACCGUCAGCUCUUACUACACCAUCUCAGUGGUCGUUAUUCACUUUCUGAUCCCGGUGCUGGUGGUGUCCUACUGCUACAUGAGGAUAUGGGUGCUGGUGAUUCAAGUGAAACAUCGGGUUAAACCAGAGCAAAGCACCAAACUGAAACCUAGUGAUGUGAGGAACUUCCUGACUAUGUUUAUGGUGUUUGUGUUGUUUGCAGUGUGCUGGGCUCCACUGAACCUCAUAGGCCUGGCUGUAGCUAUAAACCCCAAGAGAGUUGCGCCCAACAUACCUGAGUGGCUCUUUGUCACAAGCUAUUUUAUGGCGUACUUCAACAGCUGCCUCAACGCCGUCAUAUAUGGACUACUAAACCAGAACUUCCGUAAAGAAUACAAGACGAUCCUUCUCGCUAUUUGCAUCCCACGUUUGUUCCUCAUGGAGACAUCCAGGUGUGCCACAGAGGGACUGAGGAGUAAACCUUCGCCGGCUGUAACAAACAACAAUAUAGCAGAGUUAAAUGUAUAA